CUGGGCGCGGCUUGCGUUGCUAUUGGUUGGUACAUGCCGGCUCAUCCGUGUGCUCGGCUGAAGGGACAGUGCAGUCAGUGAGCGCUGUCAUUUGUUUCCCCGUGUCUGCAGUUGCCGGGGCCUGGGCAUGUGUGUGACCCUUUUUGUCUGUCACGCCCCAGUGUAAACCCUUUGGCCGCUCCGCCGGCACCAUGGUGUCUCCGGAGACAACGCAGCAUCUCAACAACGGGCACAUUCUGGAGAAGGAGGACGUGCCGGCGCCUGUCAGCAAUGGGGAUCUCCAGGUGACAGUCAGUGAGCUCCCCCGCAGCCCCGACACUGAGCUGCCGCCCGAGCAGCAGCAGCAGGAGGAGGAGGAGAGAGAGGCCAUGCUGCCCGGGCAGCCCCUGGACACCCGCUUGUACCGCAGGAGGUUCGUGAUUCUGGCGGUGUUCAGCCUGUACUCGCUGGUCAAUGCUUAUCAGUGGAUCCAGUACAGCAUCAUCACCUCCAUCUUCACUCAGUUCUACCAGGUCUCAAGCAACAAGAUCGACUGGCUCUCUGUGGUCUACAUGGUGGCCUAUGUGCCCCUCAUCUUCCCUGCCACCUGGCUACUGGACAAGAAGGGGCUCAGGGUCACCGCCCUGCUGGGCUCUGGCCUCAACUGCCUGGGAGCUUGGCUCAAGUGUGCCAGUGUCCGACCCGACCUCUUCGGGGUCACCAUGUUUGCCCAGACCGUCUGCUCCGUGGCCCAAGUCUUUAUCCUGGGGUUGCCCUCUCAGGUGGCCUCUGUGUGGUUUGGCCCCAAGGAGGUGUCCACGGCGUGCGCAACCGCAGUAUUGGGCAACCAGCUUGGAACCGCUAUUGGAUUUCUUCUACCUCCUGUCCUGGUCCCAAAGGUCGACAAUGAUGUGGAACUCACUGGGCACAACAUCAGUAUUAUGUUCUAUGGUACAGCCGUCGUCUCCACGUUGCUCUUCAUAUUGACUAUAGCAGUUUUCAAGGAGAAGCCAAAGAUCCCUCCAAGCCAGUCUCAAGCCGUUCUACAAAACGAGGCUCCGGAAGAUUAUUCUUACAAGACUUCCAUAGUGAACCUCUUCAGGAACGUUCCAUUUGUUCUCCUGCUCAUUAGCUACGGUAUCAUGACUGGAUCCUUCUAUUCUGUAUCUACGCUGCUAAACCAAAUGAUUACGUUUCAUUAUGCGGGUGAAGAAGUGAAUGCCGGGAGGAUCGGUCUGACGCUUGUGCUGGCAGGAAUGGUUGGCUCCAUUAUUUGUGGUCUGUGGUUGGAUUAUUCCAAAACGUACAAACAAACAACGCUGAUUGUUUACAUUCUGUCAUUCGUUGGAAUGUUGGUUUUCACCUUCACGCUGGACCUUGGGAACCUCAUUGUGGUGUUUGUGACCGGCGGAGUUCUUGGGUUCUUUAUGACCGGUUAUCUCCCACUUGGUUUUGAGUUUGCUGUUGAGAUAACAUACCCGGAAUCAGAAGGGACCUCAUCAGGGCUUCUUAAUGCCUCUGCCCAGAUAUUUGGGAUUUUAUUCACAUUAGCCCAAGCGAAACUGACAACAGACUACAACCCACAAGCUGGUAACAUCUUCCUGUGCGCCUGGAUGUUUGUGGGUAUCAUACUAACAGCUCUGAUCAGAUCCGAUCUCAAGCGGCACAAUGUAAAUGCGGGAAUCACAAAGUCAGAAUUAAAACCUGUCCCCGUGCAGGAAGAAGGCUUCAUCAUUUCAACCACUCAGUCCUCCUCUGCCGUCUGAUAACAACAGUCCCUGUGGAGCAGCAUAUACUGUAGCAAUGUGAUGAGGCAGCUCUAUCUGUAUGUAGUCACUGGUAUAUAUAUAUAUAUAUAUAUAUAUAUAUAUAUAUAUAUAUAUAUAUAAAUAUAUACUGUACCGCUGCUCAUUAUAUGAGGAUUAUACAAGGGACGUGCCAAAAACACUCCUGCUCUCCUGCAGGGACUUGAGCAUAAGAAGGACUUUUGGCAGAUAAAGCCACUUACAUGGAUUCUUUAUCUGCCCUUUAAUCCCUCUUCCUUUUUUAUCAUUAUUAUUAUUAUUUUUAUUUUAGUAAUUCUAUUAUUUUUAUAUAUGUCACAAAUAGGUUUUCCAAAGGAUAUCAGACAGUGAGGCCUCAGGCAAAUAUUGGAAAUGAAGCCACAGGGGAGUAACAAAUAAACGUUAUUUAUUAUAUUGGCACAAUGGCUCCCAGGUGGGUUAUGAGUUUCCCACUUGCCCGUAACUUGUGCAUUUGAGUGACGGUUAAGGUGCUAUAAUUUAGUAUAUUGACUGAGAAAAGGGAAUAUGCAUAAAGCUGGCGGAUGUCAAAGUCCGUGUUGUUUUGCCUGGGAGUUAGUGCAGGUCACAUCAAUAAACACGUUAUUGCACCCGUGAAACGCAUGGGUGCACUGUUGGGUGGGACUGCGUACGUUUCAGUCUGCUUGGGUAACUGCUGAGCAGCUUUUAGUGCAUUCCAUUAGAUAUUAGCACCCUGAGUGAUUUCCUACUACUGCUUCAGGGCAAAGGGAAACGACUUGCAAUACAAUCAAUGGCAACUUAUGGCACAAGACACACUAAGACUCAAAUAUAAAGGCAUCAGAAUUCCAGCUACUGCAGAGCUUUGACUCCCAGCAUUGUCUGCUAGCUGAGAAGCUAGAAAGGGUUUCUGGGAGUUUUUACUUCAUUCACUUGAGUUACGAUUUAUCCAAUCCAUGUGCACUUGCUGCAUUUUACCUGCAGGAAUAAAUCAGUUCCUGCAGGCGAUGGAUUGAUCUGACCCUUGUAUCCAAUUCCCCCACUUCUGAGAACAGGCGGAACCAAUCGGAUGAUUCCGAGAGAUACAGGGUGGGUCAGGCCCAGCCAGAAAAACAGUUACAGUUACAAGAGCUGGAAAGAACCAAUGAGAAGGUGCGUAGUCAGCACUUAGUGUUGUCGUGUCUGAAUAUUUAUUGAAAUAUUUAUUUGUGGGUUGUGCAUGAGGAAAUGUAAAGACUCAAGGGACUGGGGAUGCUAAACAGUUAAACUGGAUCUGUAGGCAAUCAGCUGCAUUUUUUGUAGUUUACGAUUUUAGCUAUUUUUGUGGGGAAGAUAUUAGGGGACUAAGCAGCGAACAAAUACGCUUCAGUCCCUGUUAGUGAAGUCACAUGACAAUCGGUGUGGUGUCGCAUUACUGGAGAUUUCUCUCAAAUUUGUUUUACAAAAAAUAUCAUGUCAGAUUGCCCUUGACAUUUAUUUAUUAUUUCCUUUUUCAUGAUAAUAGCGGUUUUACAUUGUAAUAGCAUGAAUGUGUAACAGGAACACCCCCUCUUGUGUCCAGAAAUGGUAAUUACAGGAAGCGUCUCUGGACACCUCUCUGCUCUGUGUUCAGUUAGGGAUGCACUGAAUCCUUCUGCCAGGCCGAACCGAAUCCUAAUUUGCAUAUAUUAAUUAGGGGCAGGGAGGGAAAUCUCAUGACUUUGUCAUAAAACAAGGAAUUUAAAAAAUUUUUCCCAUUCCCAUCCCUAAUUUGCAUAUGGUUCGGUAUUCGGCCAAUCUUUCGCGAAGGAUUCGGGGGUUCGGCUGAAUCCAAAAUAGUGUCCCUAGUUAUAGUUCAGGAGAAGAGCCAGCGCCCGGAGAUGCUUCGUGCAUCAGUAACUUAUGUUUCCUGGGGUAUCCCAGCAGCUUUUACUGUGCUGAGCCGCCCCAAAAAAAGAUCUCCCCGUGUGAUAAUCCCAUUGGAUGUGGCAGGAAGAGAAAUCUAUUCAUUGUGGGAAAUUGUGGGUUUUAUAUGGAGUCGCCCCAAGAGGCGGAUUUUAAUUCGUCUACAGUUUUUGUACAUAUAGAAAUAAUGGCACACCACACAGUAUUGAAUUUAUGUGAAAGGAUGUUUUUUUUUUUAUAGUUUAUAUUUUUUACAUUUCUUGUAGAUUUUGUACAAAAGGCUCUAGUGCUUUUUUUAAAUUAUUUUUAAAGUGACAUGACACUUGUUUGGAUGGGCCCUAGAUUUAAGGCAGCUACAUUGCUUUAUCUGCUGCUGCAUCACAUUGACACACUCAGCCGGCAGUUGGGCAGUGCUGCAUCACAUUGACACACUCAGCCGGCAGUUGGGCAGUGCUGCAUCACAUUGACACACUCAGCGGGCAGUUGGGCAGUGCUGCAUCACAUUGACACACUCGUUGGGCAGUGCUGCAUCACAUUGACACACUCAGCCGGCAGUUGGGCAGUGCUGCAUUACAUUGACACACUCAGCGGGCAGUUGGGCAGUGCUGCAUCACAUUGACACACUCAGCGGGCAGUUGGGUAGUGCUGCAUCACAUUGACACACUCAGCGGGCAGUUGGGCAGUGCUGCAUCACAUUGACACACUCGUUGGGCAGUGCUGCAUAACAUUGACACACUCAGCCGGCAGUUGGGCAGUGCUGCAUCACAUUGACACACUCAGCCGGCAGUUGGGCAGUGCUGCAUCACAUUGACGCGGGCAGUUGGGCAGUGCUGCAUCACAUUGACACACUCAGCCGGCAGUUGGGCAGUGCUGCAUCACAUUGACACACUCGUUGGGCAGUGCUGCAUCACAUUGAGACACUCAGCAGGCAGUUGGGCAGUGCUGCAUCACAUUGACACACUCAGCCGGCAGUUGGGCAGUGCUGCAUCACAUUGACACACUCGUUGGGCAGUGCUGCAUCACAUUGACACACUCAGCGGGCAGUGCUGCAUCACAUUGACACACUCGUUGUGCAGUGCUGCAUCACAUUGACACACUCAGCCGGCAGUUGGGCAGUGCUGCAUUACAUUGACACACUCAGCGGGCAGUUGGGCAGUGCUGCAUCACAUUGACACACUCAGCGGGCAGUUGGGCAGUGCUGCAUCACAUUGACACACUCGUUGGGCAGUGCUGCAUCACAUUGACAUACUCAGCUGGCAGUUGGGCAGUGCUGCAUCACAUUGACACACUCAGCCGGCAGUUGGGCAGUGCUGCAUCACAUUGACGCGGGCAGUUGGGCAGUGCUGCAUCACAUUGACACACUCGUUGGGCAGUGCUGCAUCACAUUGACACACUCAGCAGGCAGUUGGGCAGUGCUGCAUCACAUUGACACACUCAGCCGGCAGUUGGGCAGUGCUGCAUCACAUUGACACACUCGUUGGGCAGUGCUGCAUCACAUUGACACACUCGUUGGGCAGUGCUGCAUCACAUUGACACACUCGUUGUGCAGUGCUGCAUCACAUUGACACACUCAGCCGGCAGUUGGGCAGUGCUGCAUUACAUUGACACACUCAGCGGGCAGUUGGGCAGUGCUGCAUCACAUUGACACACUCAGCUGGCAGUUGGGCAGUGCUGCAUCACAUUGACACACUCAGCGGGCAGUGCUGCAUCACAUUGACAUACUCAGCUGGCAGUUGGGCAGUGCUGCAUCACAUUGACACACUCAGCCGGCAGUUGGGCAGUGCUGCAUCACAUUGACACACUCAGCCGGCAGUUGGGCAGUGCUGCAUCACAUUGACACACUCGUUGGGCAGUGCUGCAUCACAUUGACACACUCAGCCGGCAGUUGGGCAGUGCUGCAUCACAUUGACACACUCGUUGGGCAGUGCUGCAUCACAUUGACACACUCAGCGGGCAGUUGAGCAGUGCACAAACACUAGAAACCUUCUCCAUCUGUCAGAAGUUAGACUUUGCUUAGGGUUAGGGCUCACUGGGAACAUAUACCUUGUCUACAUGUAGCCUCGAUCUCCCAUUUACUUGUUUAAAGGGGAAGGAGAGGAAUAAGCUUUAUUUUAUAUUCUUCAUUCAAAUGUGGCGUUAUCACUUUAAAUCAAAAACUGCAUCCCUUUUCAUUGUUGAUAUGUCAGCUGGGAGUUGCUCAGGGGGGUCACAGUUGUAGCACCCCUGCUUUAAUCGCUCUGGGUGCUCAGAGAUGCUCCUCUAUUGACCAAGUGCAACUUGUGCAGCAGAAUAAAUGAGCAGGACGUCCUUCCAGCAGCCUAUAAGCAUUUGCUGUACUACAGUUACCCCUAGAUGAUGCUGGGAUUUGUAGUUUUGUAAGAGGGGAAGGGGCUGCUGAUUGAAUAACCAUGAUAAAGACUUGCUUGUGAUGCAGAAAGAGCCACCGACUCCUCAUAGGAUGAGACUUAAAGGGGUUGUUCACCUUUGAGUUAACUGUUAGUAUGAUGUAGAGAGGGAUAUACUGAGAUCAUUUGCAACUGGUUUUCAUUUUUUAUUAUUUGUGGUUUUUGAGUUAUUUAGCUCAACUUGUGUAAAAUAGACAGCAUCCAAUUCUGGAGCUGAUAGACAGGUAAAUAGAUAGAGUAGAUAUCCCCCUAAUCAAGGGAAAAAUAGACAGUAAUAUCUAGUAAGAGGUGAAGAGGUAGGUACAAUAUUAAAUACAGUUGGAGAACCAAAGUGCGUCUCAGUAUG